AUGGCACCGAAAAAGAAAUUAUCUGGAGCAGAAAACCUAAAAAAAAAGAUUAAGAGGGAAUUAGAAUUUAAAAAAGGUGCUAAUGCUUUAUCUAAGUUCUUGCAAAAAAAUAAAGAAUCAAUUAACGAUGAAAGCUAUUCUUCAGAAGAAUUGUUACCUUCUACAAGUCCAGAACAAAAUAUCACGUCAUCUUUAUUAGCUACUACAAGUUCUGAACAACAUACAAUUAAGCAUUUAGAAAAUAUGGAUAUUUCUAUUGAAUUUCAAAGUAAUGAAUUGGUUAGUAACACUGAAUCAUCUGAACCAAGUAUUAACUCUGAUCCUGCUACUUGGCCCUCAUUUUUAACAUCAAAACAAAUUGACUAUAUAGUAGUAACCGGUCCCGAAAUAUUUACAGAAUUUUCGAGUAUUCAACUAGAUCAUGAAAAAAGACAUUUUUCUGAGAUUCAUUUUUAUCGACAUCUUUCUAAUGGAGAAAAAUUACUUAGGCGUUGGUUAAUUUACUCAAAAUCAACGGGGAAAAUAUUUUGUUUCUGUUGUAAAUUAUUUGAUAGAACUCCGAAGUCAAAUUUGGCAAUUUGUGGGUUUUCUGAUUGGCAUAACGUAUCUGCUGCACUUACUGUACACGAAAAAGCGCCUAAUCAUUUUAAGGCUUAUGGUACAUGGAUAGAAAUAGAAAAACGGUUAAAACUAAAUAAAACAAUAGAUGCAGAGCACCAGCGAAUUACGAACAUGGAAACUGAUUAUUGGGUAAAAGUUUUGGACCGUUUGUUAUCAGUAACUUUAUAUUUAUCAAAGAAUAAUCUAGCGUUUCGAGGAAGUUCAGAUAAAUUUUAUACUCAAAGUAAUGGAAAUUUUUUAAGUUUAGUUGAACUUUUGGGUAAAUAUGACGAUGUAACUAAAGAAUUAUUACUUAAAACACUGUCUCGUGAAAAAACCGUACAUUAUUGCAGUCAUUCUAUUCAAAACGAAUUAAUUAAUCUCAUGGCCAAUAAAGUUUUAGAAACAAUAAUAGAUAGAUUACGUGCAGCAAAAUAUUAUUCUGUAAUUCUUGACUGUACACCAGAUGUGAGUCAUCAAGAACAACUAUCCUUUACACUAAGAUUUGUUAAUAUAAAAAAAAAAAUUGAAGUUAAAGAACAUUUCAUUGGGUUUAAAACGGUAGAAAGCUCUACAGGUUUGAGUUUAACAGACCUUCUUCUAAAUACUCUUGCAGAAAAGAAUAUUCCUUUUCAAGAUUGUCGUGGGCAGGGAUAUGAUAAUGGUGCUAACAUGAAAGGGCAAAAAAAAGGAGUUCAAGCGAGAGUUUUAUCAAUGAAUCCUCGUGCCACCUUUGUUCCAUGCAAUUGCCAUUCUUUAAAUUUAGUUGUAUCAGAUGCUGCAUCUUGUUCUAUAAAUUCAAUUACAGUUUUCGGCGUACUCCAAAGAAUUUAUGUAUUGUUUUCAUCAUCGGUAAAUCGAUGGAAAAUUUUAACUGACAAUAUAAAAGGGCUGACCGUGAAACCUCUGAGUGACACAAGAUGGGAAAGUAGAAUCAACAGCGUAAAAGUUGUUCGUUUUCAAACUGAACAAAUUUACAAUGCGCUUAUUAAACUAUCCGAAGUUGAAAACAUAGAUGCUGGAACGCGCCAUGAAGCUGUUUCGCUUGCUGAUCAACUUACAGAUUUUAAGUUUCUAAUAUCAUUAGUUGUUUGGUACGAUAUUCUUUUUCAAGUAAAUUUAGUUAGUAAAAGUAUGCAAGCAAAAGCAAUAGACUUAAUAAAUGGUUUUAAUAUGUUAAAAAGUGCUUUAGAAUUUAUUAAGAACUAUAGAGACCAAUUUGAUCAGAUUUUGGUUAAAGCAAAAGCAAUAGCAGAUGAAUUAGGGGUGGAUUCUGAAAUAAAAGUAGUUCGGAAGCGUAUAAAAAAAAAACACUUUGACUAUGAGCGUUCAGAUGAUACUGAUCAUAGAACUGUACUCGAAAAAUUUAAACAUGAAUUUUUUUACACAUUAAUAGACGUUGUUACUACAUCAUUGACAGAUCGUUUUGAAAUUUUAAAGAUCCAUGUUGAUUUAUGGAAUUUUUUGUACGAUUUAAAAAAUGCACCUGAAAAUGAAAACGAUUUAUUGAAACAUUGUAUGGAUCUACACAAUCACCUUAAAGAUGGAUCUGACUCUGAUAUUGAUGGUGUCGAAUUAUGCACAGAAAUUGUGAACAUCAAGCAAUUGUUAAUUUCUUGUUUGGACGUAAGUUCACCUCUUAAUAUUCUUCAAUACAUUUUUGACUAUGAACUCCAAGACAUAUUUCCAAAUCUUUGGAUUGCUUUAAGAUUAUUAUUGACGUUACCAGUGACAGUAGCUAGUGGUGAGCGGAGUUUCUCAAAAUUAAAACUCAUAAAAACAUACUUGCGAUCUACUAUGGCUAAUGAACGUUUAGUCUCACUAUCGGUUUUAUCUAUAGAAAACGAAAUAGCUGCGGAAAUUGAUUUUUCUACAAUUAUACGGAGUUUUGCCGAGAGAAAAUCAAGAAAAGUGUUGAUCGAUAACAAAUUUAAAUAA